AUGCUGCGCUCUGAAAGAGAGAAACAAUCGAAAUUGCAAGAAAAGUAUCAAAGUAUACUGAGUAGUAUGCUGAAAGAAGAAGAUAAUAAAUACUGUGUUGAUUGUGAUGCAAAAAGUCCUAGAUGGGCAUCAUGGAAUAUCGGUGUCUUUCUUUGUAUACGUUGUGCUGGAUUUCACAGAAAUUUGGGAGUACAUAUAUCAAAAGUAAAAUCGGUUAAUUUGGAUUCGUGGACGGGAGAACAGAUUGCUCUACUCGAUGCUGAACCAAAAGAAGAAAAACGUCGUACAGAAAAAAAGUUAGAGAAUGAUAAAUUUGAAAAAGCUGUUAGUGGACAAAUUCCUCAAUUAAAACCAUAUGUACCUCAAGCGACAGCAACCAAUCCUGUUCGUAACGUAUCCAUACCAACCGAGAGUGGAGAACGUUCUAGUCGGAAUAAAAAUGACUCAAACCAAAUUGCUGAAGAUUUGGUUAAACUAGAUGAACCAAGUGCAAUAGUUCCAACCUCAUCGUCUUCCAACAGUGAAAUUUUAGAUCCACUGCAUUCAUUAUUUCCAUCAAAUUCGCAACCUACAGUUAUCAAAGAUACGUUGCCAAGUAAACAACCAGACGCAGCAGUUACCACAAACAAUUUUGAACAAGAUUUACAAAAUGCAUUUUCAAACGAUAAAUCAGUAACAAACGAUCUUAUGAAUCCUAAUAAUUCACAACUGACGAAAGAUAAAAUUCUUGCAUUAUACAACACACCACAAUCAUCAAUAACAUCGAAUAUUUUAUCUCAACAAACAAAUAACGUCAAUCAAAUAUUGCCUAAUAACCCUAAUGUCAUUCAAACACCAUCAUCAUUUGGAGCUAGGCUUCCUGGUUUUCAAAAUCGACCACAGUUUCAUCAACAACAGCAACAACAUCCUCAUCCUCAUCCUCAUCACCAUCACCAUCAUUCUGCGUCAAUGCCAUACAGUGGCCAACAGAUGAAUUUUCCACGGUAUUCUUUUCCCGCACAGCAGACAAACUAUUCACCACAAGGAAUGUUAUCGAAAUCAAACUAUAACGGUUCAAGCAGUCCAACAUUACAGUCACCGAUGCAAAAUCACACAAAUGAACAGUUAAAUAUGCAAUUUCGUAAUAUGCAACCAUUAACUAAUGUAAAAACGUCACCAAUAGAUGCUUUAGUAUCCGGCCAACCAACACAUCCCACAAAUGACUUUUUAACAUCUUGGAACUCAUCUACAACGACGCCCACAAACACAUCAGCAAUAGAUCUUUGGCAGUAA